UCCCCACGGCAGUGGCCGUGGCUCAGUAGGCCGCCGCUUUCUUCUCCACCACCGACGGAGACGCCAUGCCGCCGCCGCCGUCUUCCCUGCCUCCCCGCGUCCUCCCCAACCUUGUCUCAUGCUCCAGGAGAGCCGUGACAUCGGCUGCCACCGCAGCAGCCGCAGCCUACUCGACAGCCGCCGCCGCGGGGGGCGGCGGCGGCGGCGGCCGCCCUCUCCGCUACGCCGUCCUCGGCGCCGGGUUCGCGGGGCUCUCCGUCGCUUGGCACCUCCUCAAGUAUAGCCCCAAGGGUUCCCGCGUGCGCGUCGACAUCUACGACGAGAGCGGCAUCGGCGGUGGCGCAUCGGGCGUUUCCGGGGGGCUUCUCCACCCGUACUCACCUAAAGUGAAGCUUCUAUGGAAGGGUGCUGAAUUCUGGAAAGAGUGUAUGGAUCUGCUGCGUUGCGCGGAGCAAGCGAAUGGAGCCGCUGGGGCAGAUGGAGCUAGCCAAGAUGAGACCCUUAUCUGGAGAAGGGGAAUUAUACGGCCGCCUACAAGCGAGAAAACUGCUGACAUAUUGCUGGAGAAUGCUCAGAGUUCCCUCCAGAGUUGCAGCCUUCAAGUUCUUGAUUCAGACGAGGCACAGUGUCUGAUCCCUGGGUUAUGUGUUCCGUUGAACUUUGCAGUUUACAUGCCAUUAGCGCUGAACAUCAACCCUAAGAAAUAUUUACAGGCUUUGUUCUUCGCAUGCCAAAAUAUGUCUGAUGAAGCAUCAUUAUCAUCCAGCGAACAGAAAGAGUGCAAGCUGUACAACGAACACGUCGAUGAUCUACAGCAAUUGGCAGGUGAUUAUGAUUCAGUAAUUAUCUGCCUUGGUGCUAGAGCUAGCUCACUUCCAGAACUCACAAAUAAGCUACCUCUUAGAACAUGCCGAGGAGUUAUAGCUGAAUUCCAGUUGCCAUCAGAUACAAUAGAAACAUAUGGCAGUCAAAGUCCUUCAAUCUUAUCUGAUGCUUGGCUGGCAUUCCAAGGUCCUCGUACCGUUUCCAUUGGGUCGACUUGGCAGUGGAAGUCAGAAAACUAUUCUUCAUCUGUAUCUGAUGAUGAAGCUCUCAAUGCAAUGGAAGAGCUGCUCCCAAAAGCCUCUGCUGUUUAUCCAGGAAUAACUAAAUGGAAAUUUGUACAAGCAAGGGCUGGGAUAAGAGCAAUGCCUCCACUGACAGCCAACGGAUCAUUGCCGCUGUUGGGUUGUUUGAAUGAUGUGAUAGGCAAGAGGAGCAACUGUAGUUUUUGGCUAGUUGGUGGCCUUGGUGCCAGGGGUCUUCUGUUCCAUGGUUUGGCUGGAAAGCUUACUGCCAAGGCUGUAAUUUCCUGCGACGAAAACCUAAUACCUCCUGAAUUCACUUGCUGGAAAGAACCUUAGAACUUCAAAUGAGCAAAGGAACUUGGAGGAUGGUGGUAGUCGAACUGAUCCUUAAGUGCUAUCCUGUUCCUGUUUUGGAAUGUCAGAUAAAGUGCUACAGCAUAUCGAAAUAUGAAGCUAAUCUGGGUCAAUCCACAUGGCAUGAGCUAUAACGUAGGAAACAAAGAAUUCAGUGGAGUAGCGAUGCCUUCCGUAGGACUUCCAGUGAGCGUCUCAAAUGCCUGGAUAUCUUCAGACGCCAUCUCCCAAUUAGCAGCUUAUCUCUCAUUCCAGGAAACAUAGUUCAGGCCUACUAAUCUUCUCCUGACAUCUUAGAUUUUUAGUACUGUAGUUGAAUACUAGUAUUUGAAUGUUGUGACUUCGUCGUUAUUUUUCCGGCCAUCAAUUUGUACUCUUACAAAGAAUUCGAAUCUCUUCUGUAAACUUCAGGGAAUGAAGGGCCUGUUUACUUUGAAGCCAUUUUCAACCUUACCAAAUUUUGGUAAAUUUACCAAAAAAGUGGCUACAUUUA